AUGUGUGAAUUCCACGAUGACGACGAGCCCCAGGCAGUCUCAGAAUCUACGGGUCACAAGAGAAACCUCAGCAGCGCAACGGAUGCCUCUCCAGUAAGGCGAUCAAAGAGGCAAAGAUCAGCCAUCAAUCUCAAGGAAGAGUCCUCUUCAGAUGAAUCCGAGGCAGAAGCCAAGGUAAAAGUAACGCCGACAAAGGCCAAGCAGACUAAAAAGCCUCGAGCCCCUUCGUCCACAAAGAAGGUUACCAGUGCUGAAGCAAAGGCUGAGUCUGACGUUAAGAGUGUUUGCAAAGAGCCAAUUGAGGUCAAAACCGAGCAAGACAAGGGACCAAUCACCCAAAAAGCCAAGCCUACUCCUGCUAAAAGAGGGAAGAAGACUAAAGAAUCCGAAGUCAUGCCUCUUGCGCCACGUACACAGGGUUUGAAGAUGCUUGUUGGCGCCCAUGUCAGUGCUGCAAAGGGCGUCUUCAACUCAAUUCACAACAGUGAACAGAUUGGUGGUAAUGCAUUUGCGCUAUUUCUCAAGUCUCAGCGCAAAUGGGAUAACCCUGCUCUCUUGGAUGAGCAUCGUGAUCAGUUCCACAAGCUAUGCGCUGAAAAGGGCUAUGAUCCUGCCAAACACGUUUUGCCACAUGGAUCGUAUCUUGUGAACCUCGCACAGGAAGACAAGGCCAAAGCUAAGCAGGCCUACGAUUCUUUCAUAGACGAUCUUCGCCGAUGUGAGGCACUUGGUAUCAAGCUUUACAACUUCCACCCGGGAAGCACAAACGGAACUCCCCUGCCAGAUGCUCUUUCUCGCAUAGCAAGCAAUUUGGUUAAAGCCAUUACCGAAACCUCAACCGUAAUCCCAGUACUUGAAACGAUGUGUGGUCAUGGAAACACAAUUGGCGGCGCACUCUCCGAGUUCAAGGACCUUCUCGCCCUCAUCCCGAAAGAGCACCACUCCCGCAUCGGUAUCUGCAUUGACACCUGCCACAGCUUUGCUUACGGAUACGACCUCGUCUCGCCAGAGGGCUUUAAGGCUUUCCUUGACGAGUUUGACGAGCUAAUUGGCAUUCAGUUCCUGAAAGCCUUGCAUCUGAACGACUCCAAAGCGCCAUUUGCUAGUAACCGGGAUUUGCAUGCCAAUAUCGGAACUGGAUUCUUGGGCCUUCGGGCAUUUCACAACGUAAUGAAUGAGCCACGGUUUGAGGGACUACCUAUGGUUUUGGAAACACCAAUUGACCGUGUGGAAGGGUCCGGUGCCGAUGAGGGAAGUGAGAGUGAGUCUGGAGCAAAGAAAAAGGGCAAGAAGGCCAAGCGACCAGCUGGAGCAUCGGCACCCACUGUUCAAGACCCUAGUAUAUGGGCUCGGGAGAUUAAGUUGCUGGAGUCCUUGAUUGGGAUGGACCCUGAUGGUGAGGAAUUCAAAGCUCUUGAAGCAAAGCUUUCUGAGGAGGGGCGAGAGACACGCGAGAAGCAACAGGAGCAGCAUGAUAGGAAAAUUGAGACUGAGAAGAAAAAGGAGGCAAAGGGAAAAGCGAAGGGGCAGAAAAGUUUGAUGGACAUGAUGAAAGGUGGAAAGUAA